GAGAUUUUCAAGCAUGUCAAAAUAGGAAGCGAAUGAAGGAGCAGAGAUAAAAGCAGUAACUUGCCUGGGCAUUUUUUGAAAAUUAUUCCAUUUAUUAACAGUUUUACCAAACCGAUUUGGCGGCCACCGCUACGGUGGCGGUGUCGACGUCUAAUCGCCCGUUUUCUGCAUCGGUUUUCCACCUACGCGUGGGGCCCGCACCCAGCUCCGCUCUGCUCUGUUUUCUUCAAAUUGAUAGAUACAUCCUUUUUGUUUUCAUUCGAGAGUUAGCUCAUAGCUCCCUACCACUACUCUCUCUCCAAACGACUCCCAGUUUGAAAAUUGAAUCUCCCAUUUUCAAUCUUCCAAUCGUACAGCGCCAUAAGAAAACCCCGCCUGCUUCAUUGUCAUCUUCCUCUUCAAUUAUCCCUGCUUCAUUGGCGUUUCUGAUUUGUUUUUGUUUUUAUUUUUCCUCUCGUUGACUUCAAAAGGAGGGGUGGGUAUUGCUUCAAGGGUGCCCAUUUUUUAGGGUUUCUUUGCUCUUCUUCUGAUGAUGAGUUAUUGAGUACUUUCUUUCCCACUCACUGCCCACCCACGAGUCGAAUAUCAGGAACUAUCACUCUCAUAUUAGUUAUGGCAACUGGAACUUUCUACUUUGAUGACGUAAGAAGUAAAUCUGAGGUUAUCGAUUCACCCCAAACUAAAGACAUGAUGGAUGUUGGCGAACAAGUCAGUGAGACCACGCAGAAUGCUGUAAAGCCUAACACCGCAGUCUCUACUACUAGUGUCCGUGAACUUUUGGAUUGCCCAGUAUGCCUUAAUGCUAUGUAUCCACCAAUUCAUCAGUGCUGCAAUGGUCACACGUUAUGUUCUGGAUGCAAGCCUAGGGUGCACAACCGAUGCCCAACUUGCAGGCACGAGCUCGGCAAUAUAAGAUGCCUAGCAUUGGAGAAGGUUGCUGCUUCUCUUGAGCUCCCAUGUAAAUAUCAGAACUAUGGAUGCGUGGGGAUCUAUCCUUAUUACAGCAAGCUGAAGCAUGAGUCCCAGUGUGGUUUCAGACCCUACAACUGUCCCUAUGCUGGCUCAGAAUGUUCAGUUAUUGGUGACAUUCCCUCCUUGGUGACUCACUUGAAAGACGAUCACAAGGUUGAUAUGCAUGUUGGGAGUACUUUCAACCACCGCUAUGUCAAAUCAAACCCUCAUGAGGUUGAGAAUGCAACGUGGAUGCUCACUGUGUUCAGUUGCUUUGGACAGUACUUCUGCUUGCAUUUUGAAGCAUUUCAGUUAGGCAUGGCACCAGUUUAUGUGGCAUUCUUGCGGUUUAUGGGUGAUGACAAUGAGGCAAAAAACUACAGCUAUAGUCUGGAGGUGGGAGGGAAUGGGAGAAAGAUGAUCUGGCAAGGUGUGCCAAGAAGCAUACGGGAUAGUCACCGUAAGGUUCGUGACAGUUUUGAUGGUCUCAUCAUUCAACGCAACAUGGCACUCUUCUUCUCCGGUGGGGAUAGGAAAGAACUGAAGCUAAGAGUCACUGGCAGGAUAUGGAAAGAGCAGUGAUAGUUGGUCCCUAGAAUCGAUCACAAGACGGACCCAUCUUUCAGUCCCAUGAAAAGGAUUUGUUCAUUCACUGCUUAAUGUCUUUCUGGUCUUGUGCUUUUUUGAUCUACCGAAGCAAACACUCUUUGCUUUAGGACAUGUUGAUAAUGGGGCUCUUUUGUCCAUAAGAAAUGGAGUUGAUUCCUCAGAUGUUUAUUACUCUUAACUAUUUUUAAAUUUUCAGUUUUCAUUCUAACUAAAAUCCAC